CAAGUCUCCCUUAAGAAGGAACAACGGGGAGAAAUCAGGAAAAGUUAUGGCAGAUGAUUAGAUGACUUGAUUGAACAUAUUGAUUAAAACAUUAUUUAAAUUAUUAGUUGUACAUCUACGGUGGGCAUCGUAAAAACUACGUGAGAAAUGUUUGAAAAACAUGACUUGGCGUGCUUUAUUUAAUUUGUGUUUUUUUUUUAACAUACUGAAUGGGGCUUCUUGUUCUCCUUCGUAUUCAGUCUUUUUAAUUCCUUCUUUUAAAAUGUAGCAUCCACGCUGAUUUCAAAUCUCGCUAACACAGCUAGCAGCUAGUAGCAGGCUGUCCAAGGAGCACCUGAACGCAGCAUGUGACUGGGAUUUCUCCAGCUGUCAAUCUUUAACAGAAACUCUUAAAACUUUGAGCAGGAAACCUUUACAGGUUGAGGACAAACUGUUUAUUAUUGAAACAUAUUCACUAACAUGAAGGUCCUCAACAAAGACGAGAUACAAACCGCCGAAGAAGUUCUGUUACAACACUUUCCAAAGAGUUUGAAGGUCUAUGGUUUCCUACAUGGUAUCAACAGAAACAAACCAUCUACCUUGGAGGUGGUUGUCGACACCUGGCCAGAUUUUAAGGUCAUCAUUUGCAGACCUGACCCCAAGAACAGGCGAGCCCUGGAGUUCAUGAAGAAGGUGACGUACUACAGCAUGGAUGAGCAGAUCUUGAGGAGAAUGCUGGCAGAGGAGAAUGCAAUCGACUGGAGUACUUACUUCCUCAUCGGAGGAUUCGACUUCUCACACGCCUCGAUGCUCAAAGAAGUGUCUGCAGAGAGAGAAGUCAACAACAAAGGAUUCACUUUGGUGCAUCUGAUGUAUUUACCGGACAUCAGCAGUCUGAUCACGGCAGACAUUGACAGUGAGCUUGAAUCCAGGGUUUCCUCCCUGGACCCGUCCCACACUGAGCUGGUGAAUCAAACCUGGAAGUUUGGGAACAACGAGCAGGGCUUCAGAAACAUUAAAAACCUCAUCAGUAACUUCCCGUCCUGCUGCAUCACCGACGAUCAGGGUCAGCCCGUGUCCUGGAUCCUGCUGUACGAUUACUGCGCCCUGGGUAUCCUGUACACUCUGCCGGAGCACAGAGGGAAAGGUUACGCCAAAGUCCUGAUCCGCUCCAUGGCCAGAAAGCUCCACGCUGAGGGAUACCCGGUGUACUGCUUCAUAGAGGAGGAGAACGCGCUCUCCUACAAGCUGUUUAAGAACCUGGGCUUCACUGAGGAUCCCUCGUACAGAGCUGGGUGGUUUGAGUUCAACUUCUGACUUCACUACCUUCAGUUCUUUUUACAGUCCUUGAACGUAUCGCUGACAUAUCGUCCAAAAAUCAUACAAUGUGAUAAAAUGCACUUUUUGUUUUUGGCUUGUUCAACUUUUAAAAAAAGUAAUUUUACUCUUUGAAGUCAUUAAAUGACAAACUGUACAUCAUGUUUAAUGAAUGUGUUUGAAGCUCAUAUUUGAAGCAAUGCCUGAAAAAGUCUGUAAUUAUGUUUAAUGUAAUUAUGAUGGAAGUAAAGAAGCUUCAAACACCAUCGCUCCACUGUUUCAUACGUGAUGACGUCCGACUGAAAUAAAAUGAAGCUUUGUUGAUUCA